AGAGCAGAUUUGCUCUUUGAAUUGCAACAUUUUUGCUACUGUGCUGAAUUUCCUAUGAUAUGCUGGAAGUGAAGCACUGCAGGAACUGAAGUGGUGGUCCGCUUCUUGGAGUUUAUAUAAAGUAAUCUGGGAAUAGAAUUUACUACGUUACUAUUUCUGGCGAAUCUCAAGUGAUCUUACACUCCAUAAUAAUGGGGACACUGUGGAGCUUGGUAGCGGCAGAUCUACAAGACAAAUUAAGGCAGUAUGUUCCAUCCCACAGGAUUUUUGUAGUUUUCCACCUGCCAAAAGUCCUGACAUUCCUAUAGAAUCAGAUCACCCAAACAGUUGGAAUCAUAGCUCUCUGCCAUUGUAUAUGCCCCAGGUUUCCUCCUAAGACUGUGGGAAGCUAUCACCAUCAUGGAGAGGAAAUGCCAACGAAAGUAAUGAAUCUCUGCCGCAAAAUUUGGGUCAACUAUAUGAGCCCAUUUUACCAUUCUGUUAUAUCUAGGGACAUUUUUGGUUAUAUCAUUAUGUCAACACAUUUUCUGGACUACUGUAGCUCACAUCUGUUUUGAUUCUUCUGAACCUUCUCAUUCUGAUGUUUGCUCUUGGCACUUUCAACUUGAAAUAUAUCAUGGAGUCACCCUUAUAGGCAUUGGUCUUCAUUGUGCAUGGUCAAAUCAUCUCAACUUCCCGUCUUCCUUUCUUCCUUUCUUUAGGUGGUGCUGCCAGUGUUAAUGCCUACACACAAUGAAGAACACUGGAAAAUUCAUUUUCCUAAUGGUCUUUAUUAUUCUCAACUUUUGGUAUUACUUGGGUGCUUUCCAAGGUAGUCAAGGAUACCUUGAGUAGUUGGCAUGGACUAUGGAGGGAUGCUGAGGAAGGGGAAAAGGAAAAUAUGGCUUACAGCCCAUGCUGUUUAUUUUGAUGUGUUUGGAAGGAAUGCAAUAAAUGAUGGCUUGGAUGGAUGUGAAUUGCAGCUGAAAAAUGUGUUUUUUGAAUUCUUUGUUUGAAUGGGCUGAAAGAUCAGUAGAUGGAGUUCUAUUAUUGCUUUGGGCAUCCAUCUUUUCUGCACCUAAGAUUCUGUGGCCUCAGUCAUGUGAGUAAUUGACAGUUUUAUCUGUCUAUUGGUUGGAAGUCUGCUAGCACUAUAUUUUCGCUCUGUUUUUUUUUGUGGUAUUUGUAGCUCUUGAAGAGUUCUAGAUCAAUGAACGGUUUGCAAACGUUUGGACUUUUAGUUCCAUGCUGGUGCUUAUGUCCGGAGUUUCCAACAGGGAACUAUCAUUAAGUUUUCAAUAACUUCAUACAGAAAAGGGCUGUCUCUUAUUUGGUUUUAACUACCUGUUACAAACUGGAAGAGCUGGAGAAUGAGUUUACUUGAGUGGCUGUAAAUUCAUUUUGACGAUCUCUCUCUCUCUCACACACACACACACUCAUGCGUGUUCUAUGAAUGGCUAGGGUAAAGGAAGGGUUUUCUUUGAAAGAAAAUAUUAAACAAAUCUAAGUUUACUGUGUUAGGAACUGUGACUGGUGAGAGGCCAGCAAUGAAAAAAGAGGAGAGCAAGUUGUUAUGGGGGCAGGUCAUUGGCUUGUGGGAUAGAAAUGCCUUGUUUCUUCUUCUUUCUUUCUUUCAUUUACUUUUUGUUAUUUGUUUUAGGUGGGCUUAUUUUGUUGGUUGUGGUUCAAGGAGGAACUGUGAGCAUAGAGGAUGGAAAUGCAAGCUUUUCUUUCUGUCCUUUUCUUCUUUUUUUUUUUUGUUUUUCCUGGGAGAAAGGAAAUGUAUCAAUGUCUCGUUUCUUUUAGAGGUACAGCAUGCAAGUGUUGAGGGAAUCUUAUGGAUUGCAUGAUGUAAUGCUGGUCAGUGGUGAGGAGUCAAGACAUGUCCAACAGUGGAAGCUGCAGGCUGAGUUUCUUAGUGAAGUUUAAACCCUAUGCUGCAAUAGCCAAAGGACUUCUGCUAUUACUACUAUACGAGGGUUAUAAGGAGCAAGAGUGAGAGAAACAUUAGUAAGAAAGAGAUCAUGCAGUCUUCACUCUCAUUUCCUCAUGCAAGAAGAGGUUUGAACUUUGCGCCCAAACCAAAUCCCACAACAACCCAUCCACCAUUUCCCAAAUCGCCACUCCUUUUCUUCUCCAAUCCCACCGAUUCUUCAUCAUCUUCACAUCAACUCAGGCUCACAUCACUGUCUCAACCACACCCACCAAGAAAUGAACCCCUUUUCACAACACCCACUGAGUCCAUUUCAACAAGAAGACGCACCAGGCUGGUAUCUUUUGUUGCUCCACUUCACAGUAGAAUUCCAUUGAAUGGAAAAUCCCAUGGGAGUAGGAGCUUCCGGGGUUGGAUUGAAGUGGUGGGGGAAGCUUUGUCUACUGCAUUUCCUGUAUGGGUGGCACUGGGGUGCCUGCUAGGCCUCAUCAGGCCAAGUUCCUUCAACUGGGUUCAACCCAAAUGGACUGUUCUUGGCAUCACUGUCACCAUGCUUGGCAUGGGCAUGACCCUUACCUUUGAUGAUCUUUGCAAAGCCUUGGCCAUGCCUAAGGAAUUGCUAGCUGGUUUUGUUCUCCAGUACACGGUGAUGCCAUUGUUGGGAUUUGCUGUCAGCAAGCUCUUGAAGUUGCCCUCCUAUUAUGCAGCUGGCCUAAUACUGGUUGGCUGCUGCCCUUGCGGAACUUCAAGUAACAUCGUCACAUACAUUGCACGGGGAAAUGUGGCUCUUUCAGUGCUAAUGACAGCAGCGAGCACUCUAUCUGCUGUGGCCAUCACCCCAUUUCUCACAGCCAAACUUGCUGGACAAUUUGUUGCAGUAGAUGCAGUAGGCCUUCUUGUUUCCACACUACAGGUUGUGCUUCUUCCUGUUUUGGGUGGUGCAUUCCUUAACCAGUAUUUCCAACGCCUGGUGAAGCUUGUUUCCCCUGUGAUGCCAACUAUUGCUGUGGUAACAGUAGCUACUCUAUGUGGUAAAGCUAUUGCCCAGAGUGCUUCUGCAAUCCUUGCUUCUGGGCAACAAGUGGUGCUAGCUGCAGCUCUACUUCACACUUUAGGAUUCUUCUUCGGUUAUAUCCUUUCCAGAAUGCUUGGGCUUGAUGUGUCAUCCUCGCGCUCCAUCUCUUUUGAAGUCUGCGUUAAGAACUCGGUGCUUGGAGUAGUUCUUGCUAGUCAGCACUUGGGAAAUCCAUUGACUGCUGUACCAUGUGCCAUUUCGAGCGUCUGCAGCUCAAUCUUUGGAAGUGUCUUAGCAGGAAUUUGGAGGCACACGCCGCCCAUCAAAAUGAACCCAUAAAAAUUUCUGGGAAAACUGUUGAUGUUGUGGACUUUUCUCCUUGUAACUCUUCACCCCACCAACAUUGCACUUAUUUUCAGAGCCAUCAAUAAAAUGACAUAAAUGACCUAUUUGAAAUU